UCAUAUAUACAUCAUCAAUCUGUAUUUAUAACUCUGAUUACACAUCUUUCAUAAUCUUUUUGUUUGUAUGUAUGUAUGUAUUCAUAUGUUUUGUUAAGCUUCUCUUUUGUUUUAAUUCACUUAAUUAUGAAAAAAUAAUGUAUGGUACUAUAUGCAUUUACUGGAGCUACACAUAUGUGUGUUGUAAUAUAUCUGCGUUGCUACAAUUUGGGUAAAUUGGCACAAGUACACACGAUGCCUUCCAUGAUAGCACAGAUCCGACUAGUGAGUUCACAUCCUGAAGUUUAUGAGCCAUGUGAAGAUUCAUUUGCGUUGGUUGAUGCGUUGUUAGCUGACCGAAGUAAGUUGUUGGAACACCAGCCAGCGUUAUGCUUGGAAAUUGGUUGCGGCAGUGGUUAUGUCAUUACUUCCCUAGCUCUUAUACUUGGACAUGCGGAGAGUGGGGCGUACUAUAUGGCUACGGAUAUUAACCCUUAUGCAAUACAAGUGACUAGUGAGACACUGGAAGCACACGGGGUUUAUGCAGAGUUAAUAAGGACUAAUAUUGCAUCUGGAUUGGAGGGGCGGUUGGAUGGGUUGGUGGAUGUUAUUGUUUGCAACCCCCCCUAUGUGCCAACUCCUGAAGAUGAGGUGGGUCGUGAUGGGAUUGCAUCUUCUUGGGCGGGAGGGGAGAAUGGUCGGAGGGUUAUCGAUAAGAUACUGCCUAUUGCUGACAAUCUUUUAUCAGAAAAGGGUUGGUUAUACAUGGUACUCCUAGCAGAAAACAAUCCCUCAGAAGUCUGCCUUCAAAUGAGAGAGAAAGGAUUUGCUUCUAGAAUUGUUGUCCAGAGAUCAACAGAAGAAGAGACUCUUCAUAUAGUGAAGUUUUGGCGUGAUCCUGAUAUCCAGAUAGAGAAUAAUGAAAGUAGAUCAAAAAAUAGAAAUGGUAAUACAAAAGCCAGCGAGUCAUUUUUUACACAGAUGUCUCGUUUGUCCUUCUGGAAACGCGACAGUGAACAAUAAUUGAUGUAUCAAAAGGAGGCUUCUCAUUCCUCAAAGUCAAAACACAGGCCUCAAAGUGAAUCGUAGUAUCUCUUAAACAAGCCUUUCAAGUUUCUGAGCAUUUUUUGAAUUCUUGGGACAUUACAGAUCACAGUUCUUUUAUGUUCUUGGUGAAAUCCAUAAGUUGUGAUGCUAUAAACCAAUCAGUGUCUUCGCCAGACAUCUUGUAGAUAAAUCUCUCAAGCUCCCUUCAUCCGCAAUCACUGAACUCCGAAAACUUGUAAGUUUGUCAUUGUAACCGAAGGUUGCAAUCUGCAGCGAAAUAUAUACUGGCGAUGAUUGCAAGCUCCAUGAAC